GAUUGACGCUCACGGCCCAAGCGCUGCGAAGAGAUAUUUCUCGAUCAUCAUGUACAGAGUUGCAACUUCACGAAUCAGGUCUCUGAAGGUUCAGGGGCACGCACACAAUGGACUAUACAGAUUUGCAAGUUCAAGUGCCGUUGCCUCAAAGCACUCAUCUUCUGGGGGCCUCUUUGGCUGGUUGUUUGGAGGCAAUUCUACAUUGCCUCCAUUAGAAUUUCCUCUGUCGGAUGUGAACCUUCCGCCUCCAUUGCCAGAUUAUGUCGAACCUGGUAAGACCAAGAUCACAACUCUGCCAAAUGGUGUAAAAGUAGCAUCUGAAACAUCAUCGAACCCUGCAGCAUCAAUAGGUCUAUAUGUUGAUUGUGGUUCAAUUUAUGAGACUCCAGAAACUUUUGGUUCUACACAUCUGCUGGAGCGUAUGGCCUUUAAAAGCACAAGAAAUCGUAGUCACUUACGUGUUGUGCGGGAGGUGGAGGCAAUCGGUGGCAAUGUGCUGGCCUCAGCUGCUAGAGAGCAGAUGGGCUACACCUUCAAUGCUUUGAAGUCAUAUGUCCCUGAAAUGGUGGAGCUGCUUAUUGACUGUGUUAGGAAUCCUGUUUUUCUUGACUGGGAGGUCAAUGAGCAGCUUUCACGGGUAAAAGAUGAGAUUGUUGAAGCUUCCAACAACCCGCAUGGGUUUCUUUUGGAAGCUGUUCAUGCUGCUGGUUAUUCUGGUGCCUUGGCAAAUUCUCUUUUAGCCUCCGAGUCUGCUAUAAAUAGUUUGGGUGGUCCAAUUUUGGAGAAAUUUGUUUCUGAAAACUAUUCUGCAUCUCGCAUAGUACUUGCAGCAUCUGGUGUUGAACAUGAGGAACUAUUAUCCAUCGCCGAACCACUUCUAUCUGACCUUCCAAGUGUUCCUCGUGAGGAGCCAAAAUCAGUGUACAAUGGGGGUGAUUAUCGUCAUCAAGGUGAUUCUGGGGAUGGGAGGACACAUUUUGCUCUUGCAUUUGAACUCCCGGGUGGCUGGCGUAAGGAGAAGGAUGCUAUGGCCUUAACUGUUCUUCAGAUGCUAAUGGGAGGUGGAGGGUCCUUCUCAGCUGGUGGACCUGGAAAGGGGAUGUACUCUCGGCUGUAUCUUCAGGUCUUAAAUGAGUACCCACAGGUCCAGUCAAUUUCAGCAUUCAGCAGUAUUUACAACAACACUGGCAUAUUUGGCAUCCAAGCAACUACUGGUUCUAAUUUCGUGCCAAAAGCCUUUGAUAUUGCAGCUAGUGAACUUUUAGCCAUUGCAAUGCCUGGAAAAGUUGAACAGGUUCAGCUAGAUCGUGCCAAACAGUCAACAAAGUCAGCUAUGCUAAUGAAUUUGGAAUCCAGAGUGGUUGCUUCAGAGGAUAUAGGCCGACAAGUUUUGACAUAUGGUGAACGGAAACCUGUGGAAUAUUUCUUGAAAGCUGUGGACGAAUUAACUCUGAAGGAUAUUGCUUCAACUGCACAAAGACUUCUCUCUUCUCCAUUGACAAUGGCUUCAUAUGGCGAUGUUAUUCAUGUUCCAAGCUAUGAUUCUGUCAGCAGCAAGUUCAAGUCAAAGUGACAAAUCGCAUUUGUUGAUUCAAACUAUAGUCUUGCACGGAACAUAAAAAUUGCUAUCUUGAGCCUUGCAUGGUCACCCUGUCUUUUGAAAAUAAGAAAAAGCAUUAAGGUCCAGUUUAACUCAAUAAUUGGUAAAUUUGAGCCAGCACCUUUAUGUCAUUACCCGAUCUCUAUUGAUGGUAUGUUUUAUUCCUUCUAUCUAAUAGAGAUGUAUUUUUAGUUAACAGUCCCAUUUUGAAGAAAGUCCAUGUUCUGAAAGCAAUUUCAGGAUGUUUGUAUUUUGAAGAAAUAUUCUUACGGAGCAUUGUAAUCUGCCUUGUGAGCAACAAUCUGAGUUGGUUUUUUACCUUGUUAAUAAAGUUCUCUGUUUGAAACA